AUGGAGACCAAUCACAAGCCCCGGUCACUUCUUCAGCGACCGGAAAGCUCUGAGAUUGAGGUGACGGACUUCUCUUUCACUAAGCCUGCAUCCCACAAAAAGCCCUUCUCUCUGAGAAGUCUCUCGAAGCAAACUUCAACCAGCCGCCCUCCCAUUGACAGUCAGAUUUCCCCGACUGACCCAGCGGAAUUUGAGGUAGCUGCCAAUCGUCCGUUGAUCGGAUCAAACACUCAACUGAGCGCUCACGCUGUUGAGAUAGAACCCACCUUCAGUGGUCCGACUUCCGAGAGUCAAUCGUUGCUUUCUCAACUACCCCAGCGGAUGUUGAUGACAGUCGACUCCACCGACAAAACUAAGAUCGUACAAGUUAUUGCAAAUUUAGAAGGGCUAGAAGGGUCACACGCCGAGCGUGAACAGUCUAUCGUUGGUUCCCAGCCCAUUGAGACCACUGAACCUGCGAGACCUGGAGACAAUCCUGAAACUGCACCAAGUCUCAGACCACCGGGUCACGAAUUUGUCGACGUUUGCAAGGCUAGUGGAUCUGACUUUACCAUGCACAAUGCCGUUCCAACACAGCAGGUGAAUUCAAAGAAGCAGAUGUCACUUUCUAGUGGCAAAAGAAAGUUACAGCUCAGCGAAGAUGACCUUUUCGAGCAGCUCAUUGGCAAAAUCAGACAGCGAGAGGAGAGCGAAAAAAUGGCUGCAAAUUUACGACGGCAUGUGGAAACGGAGAAUCAGAGAUUGAGAGAAGUAAACCAUACUUUGCAGGACCGAGUCAAGAACUACCAGGUGCAGCUCGUCGAAAUCUCAUCAGAGAACAAAGGACAACGUGCACAUAUUGAUCAAUGGAAGGCGAAGCUCGGCACAUUUAGAAGAAUCCUCAAUGAGAUCGGCCGCGAAUAUGACAAGGUUCGUCAGCAGACAAAAGACGUGAGAGAGGCCGCGAUGUCUCUUGGCAGGGAGAAGGUGGAGAUAAAAGCCACCUUGGACGACCUCAAGAUGCAGGUAUCAAAUCAAGCCGCAACGAUUGAAGGCCAGCGGAACAAAAUUUCUACCUCCGAGGGCACCAUUGUUGCCUUACGAGAAGCCUUAGAACAUUCGGAGAAAAGAGGCGACCUCAUCAAGGCUCAAUUGUUCAGUGAGAAAAAGCGAAUUGUGACUCUUGAAAAUUAUAUCCAAAAUGAAUCUCAGAGCCAGGCGCGAUAUUUGACCGUUGUCAAGAAAGAGCAAAACAAGAUGUCUGAAAAGCUUGACUCGAUGUAUGAUCUGCUUAGCAAAUUUCCUUGCGAAACACAGGAUACCAUCCUGUCAAAGAUAAGACCCGAGAUCGAACGUUGCGUAGUUUGUUUUGAAGAGCUGAAGAAACAAAGUUCUUCCGAAAUGAUGAAUGUCGAAAGUUUCACGAGCAGCGUUCAGGAAGCCGCCUCUCACUUCAACUCCCUUGCGGGUCAUUUCACAAGUGACCUCGACAGAAGCAAUGAAAUGGGCAACACUAUGUUGCAGGCACUCCAAGAAGGACUGCAAUCAAUUGAAAGCAAUUUCGGCCCUUAUUCAUCGCUGUUCAAGCAGCUUACUAAUAGCGAAAACUGCUAUGGUAGUCUUCAGCGACAACUGCAGAUCGUUGAGCCAAUACUUGGCAGGCUUGGGACUUCAGUCAAAGCCGUUGAAACGACAGAAACAGACCUCAUCCGUGGGUUGCAAGAUUUCACGCAAAUGCUUUCCGAAGCCAAGAUUCCGGCAGGAAACUCAGUCCUAGAACACGAGGUGGCCACUAAGUUUGCCGAAAACACGCAGUUGCAACUCAAGCUCCAAGAAGUGUCCAUUGAAGUGGAGUCGCUUCGAAAGCAGGUCAGCAACAAAAUAUCCGAAAAUCAACUUUUUCAGCAUGCUUUGACUGAAACUGUCACCAAUGAGCAAGCAUUCAAAAGCCAGCUCUCCCGGAUAGAGAUCGAGAGGACAGCCUUGAGAGGAGAACUUAUGCUGCUCGAGCAAAGGAUCCGAGAGGAGUUAACCACAGCGAACACAAAAUCACAGGAUGAGAUGAGAGUUAAAUUUGAACAUCAAAUCCACGAGCUUGAAACAGCCAAAGCUAGACUGGAACAUGAUCACUAUUCCCUCAUGUCUCAGCUUGCAAAUGCCAAAAGCUCUCUGGCCGAAACUGAAAAGAUGACAGAGAAUGAACGACUGGCAAAGGAUUUGAAGGUUAAGCAGUCAGAGAGCCGGAUCGAUGAGCUGAAUGAGUCUUGCUCGAAAUACAUCGCUGAGGCAAAAGCCAGCGAGGUUGAGUCACGAAUAUCGAAAAGCUCAGAAGCUUGCUUGCGUCUUGAAAACGAGAAGCUCAUACAGGAACUUGACCAAUUCAAACAAAGGACGGCCGAGCUCGAAUCCAACCUGGAGUUGAAGAUUCAAUCCGAAAGUACGAAAGAUGAAGUAGCGCGGGAAGCGGAAAGAAUGCUCAAAUCGCUCGAAGUGGAGACAUCCCACAAGGACAAGGAGCUUGAAGCCACAAAGGAAAGACUCAAUAUGCUCAGAUCGCGGUCCGCAGCUUUGGAAAAGAUCGGAGAGGAAGCCGAUGCCGAGAUUGUUUCCUUGCUUCGUCGGGCGCAAGAAGCCGAAAGCUGGCAAGCAACCAUAAGAGAAGGUUUUGCAAAGGUGAUGGAAGUGCAUUCUGAUGAGCCUUUCGAACGAACAUGGCAAAAAAUGGAAGACAUUAUGCAGUCUUUGGUCGUUCAGUCGACCACCAAUGACGUAUUUGACGCCAAUGCCCAUACGGAGAAGAAUUGUGCAGACAAAGAUGGUGAUAGUCCCGUGGAGGUGGGAGAAGGUGGAGCGAAAGACAUUAGUACAGCGGUUUUAGACAAACGGCUCUCCCAGACAGGUGGAGUUUUGCCAACAAUUAUUUGCGGCUCCUCUAAGCCUGUGCAACUUGAUAAUAUCGACUCGCUGCCAAAGUUACCUGCUGAGCAUGGCCAUAUUGUUCCAUUUUCUAGCAUCCAUGACAGACUGUCGCGAGAGGAUAGCCUGUCACUAUUUAACGAUCCAGCUGAGCUUGAGAUGCUCAUGAUGUCAACUCCUGAUCUCUUAGGAACUGUGGGUGUCAGGCCAACAGUGCCAGGCGAUGCUCCCAAGGGAACUCAAAGGCUUGAAAAGCUUUCGGAGACAGUGAACGAAGGGAUUGAGAAUAGUGACGCUAUUCUCGCCAAAAAGCCUACUGAAGCUGAAGGGGCCUCUGCCGGGCGUGCCAAGUCUGCCCUCGAAAAGGUCCACGAUCCGUUCACUGAAGGAUCUGUCAAAUCGGAAACAUCCAAUACCAAGCGAAAGGUGGUGAGCUUCGAAGGAACAACACGGGUGAUCACUCAAACAGAUGUUGGCAGAACCAGACGAAUGUCGGAUGCAACUAGCAACAGUUCAGGAAAGGAAUCCGAGAGCAAAGGAAUGAAACGUCCCCAGAAGCGAACUUACAGUCGUCUCCGCCAGUCUGUUGCCCAGGAGGAAACUUCAGUUGAAUCCAACAUAAACAUGGGAUCAGCCAACCCAAACUCAGCAGUAAUCCCUCAGAAUACCUCGAUCGAAAUGGCCGAUGGGUUAAGCGCGAACCAAAAACCACCAAAGAGAUCACGCAGCAUAGCCGAUGGCUCAGAGCGACGCCCAAGCCCUAAGGGCCUGGCUUCAGGUAGUAGCAGAAGCAAUUUAGUCGGCCAAGCCGCCAACGCGCGAGGCCGGGCUAAGCGCCGUACUAGAGGUAAGAUAUGA